CCAAUAUUAUUUUUGUUGUGUAGACCGCAGCCGUGUGCGUGCCUACCUGCAGGUUUGCUUGGGAUAUCAAACUUAAGAGUGUGUGGAGUUGGACCAUCUUUUCAUUUAAAGCUUAGAAUUGAGAGAGUUUGUCCAGAACAAGCAGAUAGACAGGAAGAAACUCGGAAACUCGGAAACUCAGGGCUCGUGCGAGGAGUGGCCUGCAGCAUGUCUGGAUCUAUACCAUUCUACCAGAAGCACCAUCUCCACUAUGACCGCGGCUACCGUAGCAAGGAGACUCAGUCUAAAGUGAGUCAGUACCAGGCCAGCAGCAGAUACAGUGCUAGCGGCAGCGCCUCUGCCGCCACCAGGAGCAGGGGACUUAACGUGUCUUCGCACUCUGGCCUGGAGGAGAGCAGACUAAGCCCCUCACCCAAGAGAGCCAAGCCAACUUACUUGGCUGUGGAUAAAGACAACCAAAUCAUCGGCUAUGUAGUGCCUAUCUUCAGGGGCAGUCAAGAGUUUGCUACAGGACUUUCAGAUACAGAGGAAGCAAGAGUGAGAGACACUGCUGCAUACAUGGCCCGCAGGGAUUUGUUCACCAGUGGCCUGGAGAUGGAGAGGUCUGAGCUCAUCUCCAGGAAGGAGACCAUGCGCGAGUCGGCUGAGCGCAUCACUCUGAAUAAAAGGAUCCAUGAACACGAGGAACACUUCAAGCGUAUGAACGAAGACAGCCUGAUGCACGCCCCAGAGUUUGUGAUUAAACCUCGCUCCCACACUGUGUGGGAGAAACAGUGUGUGCGGCUGCACUGCACUGUCAGUGGGUGGCCCGACCCACGGGUCGUCUGGUACAAAAACAAUGUGGCGCUUGAUCCGCUUGCCAACCCUGGCAAGUACAAAGUUGAGAGCAGAUACAGCGUGCACUCACUGGAGAUUAACAAAUGUGAUUUUGAUGAUACAGCUCAGUAUCGUGUCUCUGCCAUGAACUCCCAGGGAGAGCUGUCUGCAUUUGCCUCCGUUGUUGUCAAGAGGUUCAAAGGUGAAAUGGAUGAGUUCCUGCCAGCACCCAGGCGGGCCAUUACUGAAGUUGGCCCAGUGUCCGAGUACGGCAUCACCUUCCAGACUCACAUUGUUGAUAAAUUCGGUGUAUCAUUUGGAAGGGAGGGCGAGACCAUGAGUCUGGGGUGUACAGUCAUCAUCUACCCUGCCCUGCAUCGCUACCAGCCAGAGGUGGAGUGGUAUAGAGAUGAUGUUCUGCUGUCUCCCUCCAAAUGGACUCACAUGCACUGGAGCGGAGAUCGAGCCACCCUGACACUCACGCACCUGAACAAAGAAGACGAGGGCCUCUACACCCUGCGUGUCACCACCAAGUCUGGAUAUGAGACCUACUCAGCCUACGUCUUUGUCAGAGAUGCUGAUGCUGAGGUCGAAGGAGCUCCUGCAGCCCCUCUGGAUGUGCGCUGUUUGGAUGCCAACAAGGAUUAUAUCAUUGUUGCAUGGAAGCAGCCAGCUGUUGAUGGUGGCAGCUCCAUUCUGGGCUACUUUGUGGACAGGUGUGAGGUCGGAACCACUCACUGGAUUCAGUGCAAUGACACCCCGGUGAAGUUUGCCCGAUUCCCCGUCACUGGUUUGGUCGAGGGGCGCUCUUAUAUCUUCCGUGUGCGCGCUGUAAACAAAAGUGGCAUAAGCCGCCCAUCCAGAGUCUCGGAGCCGGUGGCUGCAAUGGACCCAGCUGACCGCGCCCGCAUGAGAGGUACUUCUGCUCCCUGGACUGGCCAAAUCAUUGUCACGGAGGAGGAGCCUGCAGAGGGCAUUGUUCCCAGCAAACCCUGUGAUCUGCAGGUGACAGAGGCAACCAAAAACUAUGUGGUGCUGAGCUGGAAGCCACCCGGAGAGAAAGGGCUUGAGGGUGUCAUGUACUAUGUGGAAAAGUGUGUUUCCGGUACAGACAGCUGGCAGAGGGUGAACACGGAGAUCCCAGUAAAGUCUCCUCGCUUUGCGCUGUUUGAUCUCGCAGAGGGAAAAGCCUACCGCUUCCGUGUGCGCUGCUGCAAUUCUGCCGGUGUUGGCGAGCCAUCUGACCCGACUGAGGCCACCACAGUUGGAGACAAGCUUGAUAUCCCAUCUGCCCCAGGAAAGGUUAUUCCCACCAGAAACACGGACACAUCAGUUGUUGUGUCCUGGGAAGCGUCUUGCGAUGCCAAAGAGUUAGUGGGAUACUACAUCGAGGGCAGCAUUGUGGGGAGCAACGUGUGGGAGCCCUGCAACAACAAGCCCGUGAAUGUCACCAGGUUCAUCUGCCACGGUCUGAUCACAGGAGAGAAGUACGUGUUCAGGGUGAGGGCGGUGAACGCUGCAGGGAUCAGCCAGUUCUCCCAGGAGUCAGAGGCUGUGGAGGUGAAGGCUGCUAUUGGGGGCGGCAUCCUACACGCCUCUCCCGCUCCACCCUAUGGCAUCACUAUCCUGGAGUGCGUGCGCGACUCCAUGGUGCUGGCCUGGAAGCAGCCAACUUUCAUCGGAGGCGCUGACAUCACCGGUUAUUUUGUGGAUUACCGUGAGGUCAUCGAUGGCGUGCCGGGAAAGUGGCACGAGGCCAACAUCAAGGCUGUCAGCGAGCGGGCCUACAGGGUGUCCGAUCUGAAGGAGAAUAAGAAGUACCAGUUUCAGGUGCGAGCAGCCAACAUGGCUGGUGUCGGCAUCCCGUCGCUGCCCAGUAAUACCUUCCUGUGUGAAGAAUGGACCAUUGCUGUCCCAGGACCUCCACAUGAUCUGCAGAUUAGAGAGGCGCGGAACGACUCUCUGGUAUUGCUAUGGAAACCACCUGUGUACCAGGGCCGCGAUCCUGUCAACGGGUUCUAUGUUGACAUCAAGGAAGCAGAUGCACCAGAGGAGGCGUGGAGAGGAGUCAACACCAAAGCCUUAGAAAAGACAUAUACAAAGAUUAAGGAUCUUAAGGAGGGAGAGAAGUAUGUGUUCCGUGUGCGUGCUCAGAAUAAAGCUGGAGUAGGAAAAGUCUCAGACGUGACAGAGCCGGUUCCCGCUCUGACCAAACCAGGCACGAAAGAGAUAGUCGUAGAUGUCGACGACGACGGUGUCAUCUCCCUGAACUUUGAAUGUGGCAACAUGACCCCCGACUCCAAGUUUGUGUGGUCCAAAAACUACGAGGACUUCACAGACACCUCCCGCCUGACCACAGAGACCAAGGGAACCAAGUCUAAAGUUGUUUUCAAUCGUCCCGGGGAGGAGGACAUUGGAGUUUACUCAUGUCUUGUCACUCACACUGACGGUGCUUCAUCCAGCUACACUCUCUCUGAGGAAGAGUUAAAGAGGCUGCUGGAGAUCAGUCAUGACCACAAGUUCCCCAUUAUUCCUCUGAAGUCAGAUCUAGCUGUGGAGCUGCUGGAAAAGGGCCGCGUUCGCUUUUGGCUGCAGGCGGAGAAGAUGUCCAAUAACGGCAAAGUCGAUUAUGUUUUCAAUGAUAAUGUUGUCUCUCAGGGGGAGAAAUAUAAGAUGAACUUUGACAAGAACACCGGUGUGAUUGAGAUGACCAUGGAGUCUCUGACCCCGGCGGAUGAGGGCACGUACACCUUCCAGCUGCAGGAUGGAAAAGCUACCAACCAGUCCAGCUUGGUACUGAUAGGGGAUGUGUUCAAGCAGCUGCAGAAGGAAUCAGAGUUCCAGAGAAAGGAGUAUUUCCGAAAACAAGGCCCUCACUUUAUCGAGUACUUGAGUUGGGAAGUGACACCAGAAUGCUGCGUUGUACUCAAAUGCAAGGUGGGCAACAUGAAGAAGGAGACCUCUGCACUGUGGCACAAAGACAGACACCAGAUCAAAGUGGACGAGCACCUCGGCUUUGCAGAGGGAGUGCUGAAACUGGAAAUUGCUCAGCGCGACCUCCCCGCAGACACAGCAGACAUUGUCGACAGCCCGAUCUGGAGAAGACUUAAAAUUUCCAAGAAGGAUGCUGGUGUGUAUGAGGUGAUUCUGAAGGAUGACAGAGGACAGGACACCUCCACACUGAAUCUGACAGACCAAGGUUUCAAAGACUUGAUGAAUGAAGUUUUCAGUGUUAUCGCCAAUUCCUCCACUCCACUGAAGAUCACAAGCACAGAUGAGGGCAUUAGACUCUACACCUUUGUCAGCUACUAUAAUGACUUGCUCCAAGUCACAUGGCACUACAAGGAUUCAGCAAUUGCCUUUUCUGACCGCAUAAAGAGCGGCGUGGUCGGGGAGCAGCUGUGGCUUCAGAUCACAGAGCCCACAGAGAAAGACAUGGGCAAAUAUGCCAUCGAGUUCUACGAUGGAAAAGGUGGCCUCAGGAGGACCGUUGACCUCUCUGGUCAAGCAUUUGAUGAUGCUUUUGCAGAAUUCCAGAGACUCAAAGCUGCUGCUAUUGCAGAGAGAAAUCGUGCUCGAGUAGCAGGAGGCCUCCCUGAUGUGGUCACCAUACAAGAGGGCAAGGCUCUCAAUCUCACCUGCAACAUUUCGGGCAACCCCGUGCCAGAGGUCACCUGGCUGAAGAACGACAGAGAGAUCACGUCUGAUGAGCACUGCAUCCUGAAGUUCGAGUCGGGCAAGUUCGCCAGUUUCACCAUCACCGGCGUGAACACGUCAGACUCGGGCAAGUACAGCAUCCUGGUGAAGAACAAGUACGGCACAGAGAGCGGGGACUUCACCGUGGAGGUCACAGAGGGGACACCUGACUUGGGGGUGACUUCAUAUUGGACUGAUGAAGAGGGAAAUGUAGUGUUUGGCUCAAACACACCAAAAGAAAAGAUGAAAACCACACUUACUGGAACUAAAAUGCAGAAGCGAAAGGAAUCUGUUUCAAAGGCAUCGACUGUGAAAAAUGUGGAAGACAGAGAGCAGGACAAAAAAAGCGAGGCACAAAAUGAGGGGGACCCUGCAGAAGUUCCUGCUUUAGAUUCAGAUCAAACUAAAGAGGCAAAAGUAGAUUUGAUCAACCAAACACUGCCUGUUGACCAAUCAGAAGCUUCUGAGCAACCUGCAGACAGUGCAGAGAAGCCUGAAGCAGUGGCUGAGACAACCUGAAAUCAAUGAAUGAAUAUAAACCCAUUAUAUACUUUGCUGUGGGCUUAUCAUAACAUAUUAAUAAUAACAAUAUUCCACUUUACACUAAAUUAAAUGGGAUGGUAGUAUUUUAAUAACCACAUACUGUUUUUCAAUAUGCUGUGUGUAUCUUUUUGCUGUAUCUGCCUAAAUAAAGGAGCUGUUAUACUUC